AUGUCAGGGCAGUAUUGCCUAAUUUCCUGUGUCCUUCUACUCAUGGUCAGCUUGUCUGUGGGUGAGUACAUGCAGUGGUUGUCCUCUGCGGCUGGAAACCCUCAAACUGAUUUUCCAAGUGCAAAUCAUUUCCCAGACACCUAUUAAGCCUAGGCCUGGACUAUUUCAAUGGAGAUUUUCCACUGUGUCCAGAUUUAUCACUGCUUUGGGGGGACUAUUUGACUGACUUACUGACUGUAUUCUAAUGCUUCCAUUCAGGGGUACAGAAUGGGCACAUGAGGCUGGUGGGGGGUGAGCUGGCCUUUGAGGGCCGCGUGGAGAUCUACUAUAAUGGACAGUGGGGGACCGUGUGUGAUGACAACUGGGACAUUACUGAGGCACAGGUAGUGUGUCGCCAUCUCAACUACCCUGGUGCUCUCACUGCUGUGGUGGGUGGAACAUACGGACAAGGUAGGUUGGAUCUGUAUGACCUCACCAUUCAUAGCCAUUCAUAACCAUAUACACUGAGUGUACAAAACAUUUGACUACCUUCCUAAUACUGAGUUGCACCUCCUUUUGCCCUCAGAACAGCCUCAAUUUGUCGGGGCAUGGACUCUACAAGGUGUCGGAAGCGUUCCACAGGGAUGCUGGCCCAUGUUGACUCCAAUGCUUCCCACAGUUGUGUCAAGUUGGCUGGAUGUCCUUUGAGUGGUGGACCAUUCUUGAUACACAUGAAAACUGUUAAGCGUGAAAAACCCAGCAGCGCUGCAGUUCUUGACACACUCAAACCGGUGCGCCAGGCACCUACUACCAUACCCCUACUAUAUAUUUUGUCUUGCCCAUUCACCCUCUGAAUGGCACACAUACACGAUCCAUGUCUUAAUUGUCUGAAGGCUUAAAAAUCCUUCUUCAACCUGUCUUCUCUCCUUCAUCUACACUGAUUGAAGUGGAUUUAACAGGUGACAUCAAUAAGGGAUUAUAGCUUUCACCUGGAUUCACCUGGUCAGUCUAUGUCAUGGAAAGAGCCUAAUGUUCCUAAUGUUUUGUACACUCAGUGUAUAGCCUACAAUGCAGGUCUGCACUGUUUAUUUUAAUUAACCGUGACACGUUUGUAUUCCGGCCUCAGGAUAUGGUCCUAUCUGGAUGGAUGAUCUAAGCUGUGAGGGGACAGAGAAAGACUUGUCCGACUGUCUCUUUAAAGGCUGGGGAGUUACUGACUGUCAACACGCUGAGGAUGCUGGUGUGGUCUGCGAGAGAGGUUCAUGUGUAUUUGGUUAUUUGUUAUUUCAAUACUUAUUUUCUGUGUAUUUGAGUAUUUUCAAAUAAUGUGCCUGGAAUCAAGUUCUAUAAUAAGUAUUGGAAAGUAUUUUCAAAUAAUUUCCUAUAAAUAGCCUAUUAUUUUAAGGUAUUUUUAAAUACUUAUUUCCAAAUACAUGAUUUCAAAUACCAAACCGACCAAAUGCAUGGGUGUAUUUGAGUCAGUGUAUUUGACUAUUUUCAAAUUCAUGCCAAAACUUUCCAAGUGUAUUUCCAAAUGCAUUCCAAUAUUCAACUCCUUGUCUUUGAAAGUAAUUGAAAUACCCUAAAUAAUAUUUGAACCCAGGUCUGCAGUGACCACAAUGACUGAUAAACAAAGCCCUAGAAAACCAGACACAGUAUCAUUGAAAGGUACUAAGACAGAAUUUAAGCAUCUAGUAGCAGAAGUUAUUGGCCCAUGGCUCGCUUUGCGAUGCUAAUAGAGAUGUUACAACUGUUACAUGUUCAAAGAGGUUUACAAUGAAUGUCUGUUGAAUUUCAAGAAAAUGUAUGAUCAAUUUCUGAUAUUUGGUUGAUAUACUAUUUGUACUAUUCAACAUAUGAUGUGCUCGAUCAAUAUUUUUUCUGUUUGAUCAGAAUCGUCUCAGAAUAACAGUCGCGUCUACACCCUGGACCACAACGCAGGCCUCUUUAACCACAUGGGGGCACUGUUUGACAGUGGACGCGACUGUGACUUUGACAUCAUGGUGCGGGUUGCAAACAGCACUGUGGAAACCAUCUGUGUUCACAAGCUGAUUGUCACUCUGGACCCAAAUGCCUCCAUCUUAAACAUCACACAAGAGGAGAACCUCAGUAAUCUCAAGCUAGACGUCAGCCUCAACUGCCGGCCACAUGUCACCGACUUCCUGAGGUAAGGCGGCACCAACCUGCUAACAAACUUUAAUCAAGUUACUGUUACAUCAACAACCAAAAAAUCAGCAAAGCAAAGCUUUGUCGUGGCAGAGAAUCCAUGUAUUUUUUAUCUUCCCCAGGUAUCUGUACACAUGGCAGAUUAACGUCACUGUGUCCUCUGCCCAGUGUAUCCACAAGAUGGCGUCCAACUGGGGUCUGAAGCAGCUUCAGGAGGCGGCAGGGAGGCUCUUCACCUGGCUGCUCCCAGAGGAUGCCUCCUUCCAGACCCAGACCUCUCUGUACGAGUACUCAGUCCGCACAGGCGACCCAGUUCUGCAGGAAACCUGUCUGCGCUACCUUGCCUGGAACUGUGAGUCGCUGAUCCGUUCCCCAGCCUGGACUGGUCUUGCCCUGGGCACAGUAAAGGCCCUUCUGGCCCGUUCAGACGUGGUAGUGCCAGAUGAGGCCUUCCUCCUAAAGGGUUUGGAGGACUGGGUGUUGGAACAGGGUAACUCGUCCACCCACGAAGACCAUGUCGCCAUUUUGGACCACAUCCGUUUUCCCAUGAUCGCUGCUGAAGAUUUGUUCAACCUCAAAGCCAAGUCUGAGCUGUACAUGGACCAACUAGAGCGUUAUAAUGCCGGCAUGUUGCAGGGCUUUCAGUUCAAUGCACUACCCUUCCGGCUGCUAGCUGGGGGCCUCCUCCUUAACAAGGUGGAAUACACACCCAGGAUCUACACUGGCAAGCCAUGGAGCUUCACCUUCAGCUCAAAGGACGUCAACACGUUCCGAUACAUCGGACACUAUUCCCACUCAGGCCAGAACCUCAACAGCCUCAGUGCCAACUUUGACAGCCCUGUGCACAACAGUGCCUUUUUUUCCCUGUUCAAAAAGAUAAACUGGCACACCAGGGUCUUUAUCCACAACCAUGAAUGCUUAAACAGCGGUAUCCACUGUCCGUCGCUGCCGAUGGUCUCGCUAACUGCCCAGAAUAAGAGGGAGUUGCCCAAAGAGUAUCAGGACGGCAUCCGCUACCUUAACAAGGUUGUCCUGAUGUGUGAAGGGGAGUUUGUGUUCCAUGUCCAGGAUUUUCCAUCCACAAUUGGCAAUGGUGGCAAUCAGGCCCAGAUCCCAGUAAACAUCACUGCGGGCCAGGCCUAUCCGUGCCACUCAGACCAUUUCUCCUACCGUGUGGUGGUUCAGCCUGAGUACACCACUGAGAUCAAGCAGAAUUAACAGGAAGUAGAGGAGCAGGAAUUUGAGGAGAUAAAGUGACCAAAGAUCAAAAGAUUAGUUCUUUUUAAUUAUCUAAGUUUACAAAGCAAUUUUAGCAACGUCAAUGUUAUGUAAUCCUUAAUGUUUUCUUUAACCCAUCCAAUAUCUUCUGAAUGUUACUUCAAGGCAACACAGCAGUGUCAUUCUAAUGUCUGUGUAACGUUACUUUGGAAAAUGUGGGGCAUGUUCUUUUGUUCACGACAAAUAACUUUCUGUGUAUGGUUGUUUUUAAUAAAAGUUUUAGUAAAGUUAAUAUGUCUCUAUGAUAAAACAGGACCAUCUCACUGGUCAAAAACAUAAAUUCAA